CCACUACGACCCUUCAAAACUUCAACUUCCUUCCCUACCUACAUAAAUUCAUUUUCUAUUCACCUCACUCUACUUUGUACAUUCAUCACAUUCACAGCUUCCCAGUUCAAAUAAUUCAUCAAAGUCCAAAAGUCGAAGAAUCCUUUGUCUAGAUCUUCCAGAACACUGUUUGCUUCUUCUACACAAUUGUUUUCAGAAUUUUUAUUUACAUUCCCAUCAGCUAAACCACCUUUGUCCGUUUCUGUCGACCUUACACACUAGUACCAGUAGCUGUUGACUUCUUAUUUACCUACUCACUUACUUGAUUGGGCUUUUGUGCUUCCUAUUCUUUUUAAAAUCAUCAUGAACUUCGCCAUGGAGGAUACUCAGAAUUCCGCCCCAGGAGAUCUUCCACCAGCUCAAGCUGCCAAGCUCGCUCCUCGCAAAGGUCCUGAUGCUCAGAGCACUACAAAACGGUUAGUGCGAAGUCUACUUCCAUCCUCAUAGCCUCUGCAAUACGGCUUGCCAAAAUAUCCAAUACUAAUACCAUUCUAUACUACAGUCUCCAAACAGAGUUGAUGCAAUUGAUGACAUCCGCAGCACCUGGCAUCUCCGCAUUUCCUUCCGCAGACGGGAAUCUUCUUUCCUGGACCGCAACUAUUGAUGGACCUGAUGAUACUCCAUAUGCUUCUAAGAAAUUCAAAUUAUCCUUUGCCUUCCCAUCCAACUAUCCCUACGCACCACCAACUGUGCUUUUCAAGACACCUAUCUAUCACCCUAAUGUCGAUUUCUCCGGCCGAAUCUGCCUGGACAUUUUGAAGGACAAAUGGACAGCUGCUUAUAACAUUCAGACAGUUCUGUUGAGUUUGCAAAGUCUUUUGGGAGAGCCAAACAAGUAUGUUGAUUCAUGUUGGGACGGGUGAUUGAGUGUCUAGACUAGUACUAAUAUACAUCGACAGUGCAUCACCAUUGAACGGCGAGGCCGCAGAGUUAUGGGACAAGAACCCCGAGGAGUUCCAAAAGAAAGUCAAUGGUCGUCACCAGGACAUUGAUGAUGAAUGAUUUUUCUAGAAAAGGAGGGUGAACACCGUCAUUCAGAUACCCGGCGUCAAUAUGUUAUGAAUUGGAGAUUAUGCAUAAUGGACUGUUGUCCAUGUCUCAGCUUGAGUAUCGGGUUGUUAUUGCAUUCUCAGGAUAUUACAGGAGGGCGUCUCAAUGGGGCUUCGGGGGCUGUAUCCCUUAUUUUGGUCCUUCAAUAAAUACAAAACAAACGCAUUGUCGAAUACCCUUGAA